UCAGACUCACUUAUUUUCCUUUGGCACAAGGAAGUCAUGCCAGCCUCGCCUCACAGCCAUCCAUGAAGGACGUUUUUCUACAUUGUGAUGUGCUUGAAUGUUCCCAGGAUGAAAAUGAUGGGCGCCAGCGUUGGCUGAUUGCCACAGCUGCCUCUCCAUCAGAGAUGUUAGAAGUUCAUAGAAUCAUAGAAUGGCCUGGGUUGAAAAGGAUCACAAUGAUCAUCUGAUUUCAACCCCCCUCGCUAUGUGCAGGGUCACCAACCACCAGACCAGGCUGCACAGAGCCACAUCCAGCCUGGAGCAGUUAGCUCUAAGCUCACAAGUCCACUCAUCAAUCCCUCUGAGCAGAGCAGGCUGUGGUUUCCCCAACCCUCUUUAUGCUGUUUGCAGAAUUUCGGUCAGAUCUCCUUGGUGUCACAAUCUUUUACAGUCAGAAUUUCCCCCCCCCCUUUCCCUUCCCACCUAUUUCCUUACUCCUUAGCAACACAAACUGCUGCCACAGCAGUUGGCACAAACACAGAGGCACACGGGGAGCCCCCAGAGGAGACUCAGAUACCCGCAUGCUGCCUUGGCUGCAGCAGCCUGGGGAUGUCACAGCUGUAGUGCAACCCGAGUGCUGCCUUCCUCCAUCGCCCUCCUGUUAGGAAACUGCAGCACUUUGCACAAGAAAUUAAAUACUGGCCUUUUGAUCUUUGGCACUGUAAGCACUUUCACUGGCAAAAGCUUUUUGUUGUUGUUGUAUCAAGUGUAAUUAUUAUUAUUAUUACUUUUGCCACUUAUAUUUUUCCAUUGAGACUACAGGAAAGCUAACAGCCACAAGCAUUGUUCUCGUGUCAUCACACUGCAACAGAGAAAAGCAGAAAUGUCAGUGUUACAUCAUUAGCUGCCAUCUCUGUCCCAUUCUGUGCUGUAGCUGCCUUAUAGUUGGGUGCCUGGGUCUUUAUUUACAGUUCAUAAUAAAUGAUGGCUGUUUCUGAGUGCUAGCUUGUGAGUUCAGCUGCCCAGUUGUGUGCAUUUUCUGUUCUGUUCGAGGCUUUUGGAGACAUCUCGACAAAGUGAGCAAUUCUUUAUCCUCACCCCUGCAUAUUUACCUCUGAGUUUGAUUCUGAUGCAAGUUUAGUUUCUGAGAAGCGAAGCAAGAAAGAAAAGCAAUUCGUGCAGCAGUGCUGGGGAAUGCGAGUGCUCCCAAAAAAGCACUUUGAAUCAGAGAGGUGGCCAGCGAUCUCCACGUACUCAGUCAUCACACGUACAUAUCUAAAAUGAGUUCACCACCCAGGCUGCCUGACCCCUCCCUUAAGAAAACAGCUCUUGGCCCCACCGCAAACGCUUUGGAUAGAGCUCAAGACACAUUGAAAAAGGAAAUAAAGCUUUAAAAAAGAUAUAACGAUAACAAUAUUAAAAGAGAACUGAGUUCUCCGUGGAGUUUUCACCCUUUGCUGGGUGAUGAAGAGAGCCGCCCAGCCUCAAGAGGGAGGAUGAAGGCAAAACACCGCUGCUCCGGUUCCGAGGGCGGCUCCGCUUCUUUCGCUGAGGGCCGGGCGGGGCCGGGACUGGAGGAUUUCCCCAAAUGCCCGCUGGCCGCGAUGGGCUCCGCUCCGUGCCGCUCGCUGCUGCUGUCCCUGCUGUCGCUGUUGCCCGCGGUGUGCGGUGACUGUGGGCCGCUGCCCAAGCUCAGCAGGGCAGAACCUCCCGAGGACGUCCGGCACAAGGACAGCUUCCCUGUGGGCUCCCAAGUAACGUACAGAUGCCUCCAGAAUUUAUCGAAAAUCCCAUCGCGGUUGGAUACAAUAAAAUGCCUUAGUAACUCCCUAUGGUCCAACCUGCAGGAGUUCUGCGACCGCAGCUGCCAGAGCCCUCCCCAUGUGGCUUUUGCCAAACUAUCAGAAGAAGAUGAGAUGAAGAAUUUUUAUGCUGUUGGGAUCACUGUGAGCUACGACUGCAGCCCAGGCUAUGAGAACAGCACUGCUGAACUUCCCAGCAGCACCUGCCGUGAGAAUUCAACGUGGUCAGAAGUUCCUGAGCUGUGUCACAAGCAGUCUUGUGGUCCUCCGACAAAGCCAGAACACGGCACUGUUGAGGUAACAGAUUACCGCUUCCUUGCAAGUGCCAAGGUGGUUUGUGAUGAAGGGUACACACUGUCAUCAAGGGAAGCUUUCAUCUAUUGUUUCACUUGGGGACAUGGGGUUGCCUGGACUCCGCUUCCAACGUGUCAGGCUUCUCCCUCUGCAACUGGCACUACAGCAGUGACAAACUCAACCCCUCAUUUGGAAGAGAAGGCAUCGGAGAGCCGCUACAUCCUACUUUCUUUGUUUCCUUAUCCAGCACUUGUCCUCAUCCCUUGUGUCACUGGAGCUGCUGUGCUCAUCGCUUGGGGCAUCAAGAAGUGCAAUGAGAGGAAAAAGACUGGGUCUUACAAGCCAAAUCCUGCGGAUGAAGAGCAGAACCUACAGCACAGAACGCAGAGCUGAUGGGUGUGCAAGGGGCAGCUGCAGGCGAUCCCUAAAAGCACCAGGAUUUUUGCAAUGGAGAAACUCUCUGUCAAGAGGCAGAAGGUUCAAACUUAUUCGUUUUCAGCUCCCUCUCCCUUUCUAUAACAUUUUACUUUAUUUUUAGUGCCAGUAGAACAUUUCCCCAGUUCUUAAACGGAGACUUUUAACGUUCAGUAAUCAUUUCUUUCCACCAGGAGAAUGAUCCUACGUAAAACACUGCAUUUGCACAUCCUUGUGAAAUCUCUGUACUGUGUGUUUUAAUCACUGUUUUGCUAAGACUCAUUUAGUAGCUUGCAGAUAAAGGUUUGAAAACUACAGUAUUUACAGCAAAACUGUUAUAUUUUUCAAUGAAAGGGCUACGGAAUAAGCAAUGCCUUCUUACAGCCCGGCUGCUCUGUCA